CAAGAAUCUCAACCACUCUCUCAUCAUCCUACUUCUUCCUACUUGUAAGCUAUCCAUCUUUACCACUCAAGACGCGAGCAGCAUCCACUGACCAUACCACAGACGUGUAAAGCCUCUCAUCUCAUCACUUCAUAGAACAUCCCACACGAGAACCUCUGAGCGUCAGGUUCGACCUCAUUCGACAAGAUGUCAAACGCGGCAGAACAGAUCUUCUUCUACGGACAGGUCACCGAUCCGGCGCACGCCUCAAGCUUCGACGUGCUGACGUACCUCGAUCUGACCAACGGGGGCACCAUACUCUUCCAAGCCAUAAUCCUUAUCACAAUCAUCAUCUGUUUCCUGCCGGACCUGGCGCCCUUGACCCUGACCGGGGUUCAAAGGUUCAUCUUCUCGCCUAUCCGCUCCUUGCUACACGAUAUCCACUGGGCCGUCCAGCAGCUGUCCAAUGGCGAGUCUCGCAAGAGCUUCUAUCGUUUAUGUUACGCCAACGCCCAAGACACAAUCCUCAAUUCUAACCUGGUCCAACUUACCUUCAUCGGAAUCCUUUGGUUCUUUCCAACCAACCGGCCUUUGAGUACUGCAUGCCGCCUCUGGGCCCUAGCGGCCGGGUCCAAGUGGAUGUACAUCUCUGCUCUGAUCCCAGGCCACCAUUAUUUGAACGGCAUAACCGCGGGCUUCAGUCCCAUGGGACGGGACCGCUACGAAGACUGCCUUGCCGACAUGGCGCGCAGUGGGUUACCGGCUCGUUGGACCAAGAAGCAAUGGCUGGCGAGCUACCGCUGCUCCGGCGUGGAGACGGGGCUGGAACUGUACGAAACGGUCAAGGACCGCGCGCAGUGGCUGGUGCCACCUGUGGAUAGCGAGGUCCGCCAUCUCCGCGUUCUUGCCUUCAUGGCCGUCUUGAUCCCGACCCUUGUUAUAGGGCUGUGGCUCUUUUAUGCUCUCUGCAGCAAAGUUGCCGCUCUACGCCGGGGGAUGGCGCUGGCGGUGAACGGCGAGCCCCGGCCCACUGAAUGCGAGGCGUAUCUGUGGAACUUGUCCAAGUCUCUUGAGACUGCGAAUGAGAAACUGCAGCAGUGCAUAGCGACGAGGGAGGCAGAGUUCCAGGCGGAGAAGCAGCGGCUGGAAGAGACUGUCCGUCACCAGACCGAUUUCACUUCCCGCAGGAUUCAGAGCGCGCUCCGCCAGGCGAAAGACGCACACGCGGGCAUCAUCGACGAGUUGAAGAGGAAGGUCGUCCAGCUGGAAAAUAAUCUCACCAUGGCCAGAGCCGAGGCCCAGUUCGUCGUCGUGGAUGAAGUGGACGCGGCACGGGAGCAGUUCCUGAAAGACCGUAUCGUGCAGCUGGAGAAGCAGCUGGCUGGCGCGAAGAAGAAAAGCAACGCUAGGAGUAAAAAGGAGCUACAGACGGUCAAGGAUGAGCUUCAGACUCGCACUGAUGAGUUGACGACCCUCACUGACAAGCUCUCUGAGGCUGAGACUCGCGUGUCCGCGGCGGAGGAGCGUGGUCGACGUGUGGAGAUUGAAUGCGAGAAGCUGUUGACCCAGGGGCUUUCGUCGUUGAAGAGUGAGCUUCAGACCCGUACCGAUGAGCUUGCAGCUGCGGAAGAGCGGCUGGCUACCGCGGAGAAGAGUAGUCAGCAGGGCGAACUGGAACAUGAUCAGUUGAAGAAUGAACUUCAGACCCGCACUGAUGAGCUUGCAGCUGCGAAAGAGCGACUGGCCGCAGCCAAAGAGCACAGUCCACAGGAUGAAGCCGAGCGCGAACAGACCCAUAUUCCAAUUCAGGAAUUCCAGUCUCUGAAGAGUGAACUUCAGACCCGCACCGAUGAGCUUGCCGAUGCAGAGAAGCGUCUGGCCGCUGCUCGAAGCAAGCACAAUCGACAGGCGAAACCCGAGCGUGAACAGAACCUUGCCCAAAGCCAAGAGAUCCAGUCACUGAAGAUUGAGCUUCAGAUUCGGACUGAUAAGCUCGCAGCCGCAGAAAAACGACUGACCGCUGCUCGAAAGCAUAGUCAGCAGAACGAAGCCGAGCGCGACGACCAAAAUCAGAAGCUUCAGUCGCUGAAGGACGAGCUUCAGAGCCGAACCGAUGAACUUAAUAUCUGGACUGAAAGGUGUCUUUCCGUUGAGUCACGUCUGCUUGCCGCAGAGAAACACGGCCAGCAGGAGGGACAUGGCCAACGGGCCGCCAUCGAAGGCCAGCAGCAUCUCAGCCAGGAGCAGGAGCAGGAACUGCAGUCACUCAAGGAUGCACUUCAGACACGCACCGAUGAACUCCAGGCCUGUACUGACAAGACUGUCGACGUUGAGAAGCGCCUGGUCACUGCAGAGGAGCACGGUCGUGAGAGUGAAACCCAGCUUCAGGAGCUUCUGGCUCAGAACCAGAAUAUCAUUGCAGAGUACGAGGCAUUCCGGGCCACACAUCAAGCAAACCUGCAGCAUAGCCAGUCUCUGGAAGCGAUGCAGCAAGAGCUGGCCGCCGCCCAUGUCAGAAACCACGCGCUUCAACAAGAGAAUAACUCCGUUGAAAUCGAAGCACAACUGAUGGUGGCUAAGUUAGAGUUCGACCUAGACGAAGCCCAGAGACAACUGGCGGAAGCGCAAUUCAGCGGAGCCAGCGCGCAGCAGAGCAUGCAGGAAGGCGAAGUGGCCUGCAACUUGUCUGUGGCGGAAGCGCGCGCUCAAGCUGAGCAGGCGCGAAACCAAGCGUUCAUGAUGCAGAAGAAUCUCGACGAAGUCACCGAGGAGAACCGCACCCUCCAGAUUCAGAUCUGACUGGCGAUGAGGGACGCCCAGCGUGGCCAGGAACGGGCCGACACCGCGGAGCGAGUCAACAAGGUCCUCGAGGUCCGUCUGGCCCAAUGGGAGGAGAAAGCUCGCGACGAACAGAUGAUUCUCAAGCGACCGACCGCGAACGUGGGGUCCGUCAUGACGGCCCUCCAGCAGUGCCAGGUCAAGGUUUCCGAGCAGCAGACGAGGAUCAACGAGUUGACGGAGAAGCUCGAGAAGGCGAAGGUGGCCAGCCCCGCGGGCAAGGUCGAGGAGAAGCUCCGUGCCGACUUCUCGAUGAUCAAAUCGAU